AAUUUAUUAAGAAAAAAAAAGCAAGAAAAACAAACAUACAUAUUAUUUAAUUGUUAAAACAAAACAAAAACGUUUCAAGUGAUACAAAAAGCUAAGCAGAAUAAAAAGCCGUCGGCGAAACGCAUCCACCAGAGAGGAAAUUUUCGAUAAGAGGGCGAACGAUUUUGAUACGAUAUUUCAUCCGACUCGAUUCGAUUUCCUUCGAAAAAAAAAAACCACAAUCACCACACACACUCAGCCCCAAAUGAAAAUGGAGGUUAUUCCCGUUCAAUCCAUCUACGGCGGUGUGAUGGGCUUAAAUAAAAAUAUAGAUUGGACCAGCACCCUGACACCGCCCGCGUCCGCCAGUGUGGCCAUUGACGCUGCCGUGAACGCUGCCCCGCUCAAGACCAAGGGCUCCUCCGCCCGCGGCGUCGAUGCCCCCAACUACAGUAUUAAGCACAAGCAGGCGCCCACCAGCCACGCCCAUAACUACAGCAAGAAAACGAAGCCCAGCAGUGGCGGCUACUACUACGCCGGUGAGGUGCAGGCCGAGGAUGAGGAGGAGCAGGUGGCCCCCGCCGACCUGGACAUGCGGGAAGUGUCGCACCUGUCGCUGCGGUUCCUGGACGAGCUGCGAGCGGCCAAGUCUCGCCAUCUCACCUGCACGGAGGUGUCGCUGCCCUGCGACCUCGUGCCCAGCAUCGCGGCCGACAUUGUCCGAGUGUCGGAGAAGGAGCCGUGCGGCACCCGAGGCUGCACCAUCUACAUCGAGUUCGAGGACGAGCCGAAAAACUCGCGCCGCAUCGCCUCCCUUAAGCUGGACCCCGAGACGGUCUCCACCUUCGAGGUGUACGUGACUCUGCGCCAGGACCACCGCGGCUGGACCUCGCUCCUCCCGCAGUUCAUGAAGAGCCUGGCACGCACAAUCACCAUCAGCCCCGAGUACACGAUCACCAAAAACAAGCUGUACUCGGCCGAGGGGCCGGGUGCCAGGCGCAGCUACAGCUUUGGCAGCAGCCAGAGCCGAGCCAUCGCCACGCCAACGGUGUAGGAGAGAAAGGGUGAGAGAAAGCGCCCAACACCCCCUGUGAUGUUAAGAGAGAGAGAGAGAGAACGAGAGGAGUAGUUUGUUGCGAUCGGCAACGCGACGACGAAGCAAGUAUUCGAAGCCACCCCACCUACACACACUCACACACACACCCCAAACACCCAAAACACACACACACACUCAUACUAAUACUAGAGCGAGAGCAGGAGAGAGCCUCUCUCUGCGACUCAAUUUGUAAUUGUGACUCUCACCACCAUUUACUUAGAUGCGUAGUGCUAUAAUAACUAGACUUUUAAGUUGUUUCUCCUUUUUCACCAACGACGAAAGAAAAGAAAACAAAAAGAAAAGCAAAGCAAAAGCAGAUGCAGAUGCAAAUGCAAAAGCAGAAGCGAAACGUGAGGAAAACCCAACAUGAAAUUCAAAGAUGGCAGCCCCACCCCCCAGGGGGCGGGCCCGUCGACAACUCAUGAAUAUGUGAUACUGUUUAAGAUGCUAAGAGCUCCCCAGCCAGGGCCAGGGCCCGUCCAGGCUCCUGGCCCGGGGACGUUGAUAAUACACACCUACACACCCACACAAACCCCACACACCACAACCACACCACAUACAUACAACACACUUACACACCCAUACAGAACAGAUUUUUGAAGAUUGUAUGCUAUAUAGAGACCGUACGAUUGUAAUAAACUAAAACAAACAAAAAAACUACACCACACACAAAAACCAACAAACAAACAAAACUUGAUCUUGCUAAAUUUAAAAUUUAACUUUAAAAAUGCUGAGCAAUCAGUGGAGGAUUUUAGAGAGGAGGAGUUUUAGUUAGACGCAGCUUGCUGCAAUAAAAUUUUUAAAUUAUUAAUUAAUCUUAAUUAAAACCAACAAAUUUUAGGAUUUUAACAAAUUUUUACAUAUAUUAUUAAAUGUAUAGCGCGUACCCCCAUCAAAAACAAACAAA